ACGCCUAACUUUACGUCUAACUUUACGCCUAACUUUACGUCUAACUUUACGUCUAACUUUACGUCUAACUUUACGCCUAACUUUACGUCUAACUCUACGUCUAACUUUACGUCUAACUUUACGUCUAACUUUACGCCUAACUUUACGCCUAACUUUACGUCUAACUUUACGUCUAACUUUACGUCUAACUUUACGCCUAACUUUACGUCUAACUCUACGCCUAACUUUACGUCUAACUUUACGUCUAACUUUACGUCUAACUCUACGCCUAACUUUACGUCUAACUUUACGUCUAACUUUACGUCUAACUUUACGCCUAACUUUACGUCUAACUUUACGCCUAACUUUACGUCUAACUUUACGUCUAACUCUACGCCUAACUCUACGCCUAACUUUACGUCUAACUUUACGCCUAACUUUACGUCUAACUUUACGUCUAACUUUACGUCUAACUUUACGUCUAACUUUACGUCUAACUUUACGCCUAACUUUACGUCUAACUUUACGUCUAACUUUACGUCUAACUUUACGCCUAACUCUACGUCUAACUCUACGCCUAACUUUACGUCUAACUUUACGUCUAACUUUACGUCUAACUCUACGCCUAACUUUACGUCUAACUUUACGUCUAACUUUACGUCUAACUUUACGCCUAACUUUACGUCUAACUUUACGUCUAACUUUACGUCUAACUUUACGUCUAACUUUACGUCUAACUUUACGUCUAACUUUACGUCUAACUUUACGCCUAACUUUACGCCUAACUUUACGUCUAACUUUACGCCUAACUUUACGUCUAACUUUACGCCUAACUUUACGUCUAACUCUACGUCUAACUUUACGUCUAACUUUACGUCUAACUUUACGUCUAACUUUACUCUCUACCAGCGUUAUCCAGAGAACUGCGACAUUCCAAAUGAUAACUGGUUCACAGUCUAG